AAUGAAGAUUCCUACAUUCAUCAUCACCAUCUUCAUAAUCUCAUUUAUCGCAUCGGUUUUCGCAGACGAUUAUUUGGCAAACGAAUAUUCGUCCACGGUUCUCAAGGUACCGAACAUGGCAGACCUCUCGGCUGUUGACGAUGAUCUCUCCUACUCGUUGUACCACGAGAGUUGUCCCGAUGUCGAAGGUAUUAUCUACAGAAAGGUCAAAGAAUGGGUGACCAAAGAUCCCACCCUUGCUCCUAGUCUCCUAAGGCUCCAAUACCACGAUUGUGUCGUUCGGGGUUGUGAUGCAUCGAUUCUUUUGGAUCACGAAGGAAGCGAAAGGUCAUCGAAUAUGAGCAAGUCACUAAGAGGAUUCGAAGUGAUUGAUGACAUAAAAGCCGAGAUCGAGAAGAAAUGCCCAAAAACCGUGUCGUGUGCCGAUAUCCUAACGACUGCAGCUCGAGAUGCCACGGUUUUAGUUGGUGGGCCGUAUUGGAUGAUCCCUUUCGGUAGGAAAGACGGUCGAGUUUCGCUUGCCAAGGAAGCCACUAUAGUCCCCAAGGGUUCCGAAAGUGUCACCAAUCUUAUCGAGUUUUUCCAGUCUAAGGGACUCAACGUGCUCGAUUUGGUUGUCCUCUCAGGUGCACAUACAAUUGGGAGGACAACAUGCGAGUCGGUGCAACAUCGACUAUAUGAUUACAAAGGCACAAAGGGACCCGAUCCGUCGUUGAAUCCAAAAUACUUGAACUACUUGAGGAGGAAAUGUAGAUGGGCAUCCGAAACCGUGAGUCUUGAUGGCGAAACGCCAAAUACGUUCGACACACAAUACUACCACAAUCUAAAGAAAAGCAUGGGGAUCUUGUCCACCGACCAAUUGCUCUACUCAGACUCAAGGACUAAACCGGUUGCCAACGGUUUGUCAUUUGAGUCCUCACUCUUCAAGAACCAAUUCGGUGUGUCGAUGGUGAAGCUUUCGAGCAUUCUCGACUUGACCUCUCAAGACGAAGGAGAGAUCCGUGGCGAUUGCAAAUACGUUAACCAUUGACGAACCCGAGUGGCACAAGAUCCUAACGAAAGCAUACGUUAUGUUUGAGUUGUAAUUUUAUGUUGAUUU